AUGUAUCAGCAAGAAGGGGGUCCAGUACCCGUACCCGGUAGGGAGCAGCAGUUUGCAGAGCCACCGCUACCUGGCCGUGAAGCGCAGUGCUACACGCCACCGAUGGCAAUCCCGAUGUUCAGUCCAUCUCGCAGCUCCAAUUUCCCGAGCUUUGGGGGCUCAUCGUCAUUGCCGAACUUGCCAUUCGGAUCGGCAACGGUGAAGAACGAGCUGGGGCAACCGUCUCCGCCGCCAUCAUCCAACUUCCUCUCCUUCGGCCCUGGCCAGGCUAGCACCCUGAACUUCUCCGGCUGGCAGCGCGACGGAGUCCAAGGGACGAUGCAGCAGCUGCAGGCGCCCGAGAGGCGGGGCAGGGCGCCGCAAGAGCACGUCAUCGCCGAGCGCAAGCGGCGGGAGAAGCUGCAGCAGCAGUUCGUGUCCUUGGCCACCAUCGUCCCCGGCCUCAAGAAGACUGACAAGCUCUCUCUGCUGGGGAGUACCAUCGACUACGUGAAGCAGCUCGAGGAGAAGGUGAAGGCCCUGGAGCAAGGCUCACGGAGGCCGUCAGAGUCCAUGGUGUUCGACAGCAAAUGCUGCAUAUCCGCUCCCAACAACGAUGCAGCAGGCCCCAGCGGGAGCGGCUCCGGGUCCGGGUACUCAAGCCCGGACAUUGAGGCCAGCAUCAAAGGGAACACGGCACUCCUGAAUAUCUGCUGCAACGAGAGGAGAGGGGUGCUGGUGAUGAUCAUGUCUGAGCUCGAAAAUCAGGGCCUGUCAAUCAUAAACACCAACGUCAUACCGUUUACGGACUCCUGCCUCAACAUCACCACCACGGCAAAGGCAAGGCCCCUCUGCCCUGGUCAUAUAUACAUUGUGCAUAUGCGGUUAUAACUUAACUGUCAUUUGUUAGUACAAUUCUAAUGUAUAUAUGUUCAGAAGAUUGACAUGUUCACUUUUGUCCAGAUCGAAGAGGGGGUUUUGUCCGCAGUUGAGCUCGUGAAAAACUUGAAGAUGGCCCUCAGAAGUUUCAGCUGGAAGUAGAAUGGAAGCGAUUUGUACAA